GCAGCCCUCGCGCCGCCGCUCAGUGUGGGCAGGCGGGCGGUGCGCACGGAGGGCGGCCGCGCCCGCGGGCUCCGGGCACCGCGACGCCGUACCGGGGCCGUACCGGCACCGUGCCGGGGACGGGGUGUGCGGCCCGGCCGCAGCCGCGCUGCCCACCCCACCCCCUCUCCCCGCCCGGCCGCGCCGUGAGGGACGGGUAGAGCGCGGCGCCGUGGCGGGGAGCCCCCGGCGCUGCCUGCCCAGCAGCAUGCUGCGGAAGGUGGAAAGACAUGACAUGAAUACCCUGAGUUUACCGCUUAACAUUCGCCGUGGAGGCUCUGACACCAACCUGAACUUUGAUGUACCAGAUGGGGUCCUAGACUUUCACAAAGUCAAACUCAGUGCAGAUAGCUUGAAACAGAAAAUCCUCAAGGUUACAGAACAAAUCAAAGUUGAACAAACAGCUCGAGAUGGAAACGUGGCUGAGUAUUUGAAACUGGUAAACAGUGCAGACAAGCAACAGGCUGGGCGCAUUAAACAAGUCUUUGAGAAGAAGAACCAGAAGUCUGCCCACUCCAUUGCCCAGCUACAGAAAAAAUUGGAACAGUAUCACAAAAAGCUCAAGGAUAUUGAACAAAAUGGAUCUUCCAAAAGUACUAAAGACACUUCCAAAGAUAACUUGAAAGAUAUUCAGCAUGGAAAGUCUCGUAUCUCUGGGCAUGGAACAGAGAGCAGCAAGUCGGGUGUGCCGGGUGUGUCCUUGACACCACCUGUCUUCGUUUUCAGCAAGUCCAGAGAGUUUGCAAACCUGAUCCGAAACAAAUUUGGUAGUGCAGACAACAUUGCUCAUCUCAAAAAUACCUUGGAUGAAUUUCGGCCAGAAACGAGUUCUAGAACGUAUGGGGGCAGUGCCACCAUUGUUGCCAAACCAAAAUAUGUUAGUGACGAUGAAUGCUCCAGCGGGACCUCUGGCUCAGCAGAUAGUAAUGGGAAUACUUCCUUUGGUCCUGCUGUGGCAAGUACCCUGGACAGCCAAGGAAAACUUUCCGUGAUUUUGGAGGAACUAAGGGAAAUCAAGGAGACACAGUCCCAGUUAGCUGAUGAUAUUGAGAAUUUAAAAGCACAGUUUAAGAGAGACUAUGGCUUUAUUUCUCAGAUGUUACAAGAGGAAAGAUAUAGAUAUGAAAGGUUGGAAGACCAGUUAAAUGACCUCACUGAUCUUCAUCAACAUGAGACAGCAAACUUGAAACAAGAGCUAGCCAGCAUAGAGGAGAAAGUGGCGUAUCAAGCAUAUGAGCGAUCACGAGAUGUUCAGGAAGCCUUGGAAUCGUGCCAGACACGGGUUUCAAAGCUGGAGCUGCAUCAGCAAGAACAGCAAGCACAGCAGUCCGAAACGGUUAAUGCCAAAGUGCUCCUGGGGAAAUGCAUAAAUGUUAUCCUGGCCUUCAUGACUGUCAUCUUAGUGUGUGUUUCUACAAUUGCAAAGUUCAUUGCUCCUAUGAUGAAGAGCCGUUUUCAUAUCAUCUGCACUUUUUUCGCAGUGACACUGCUGGCAAUAUUUUGUAAAAACUGGGAUCAUAUCAUUUGUGCCAUAGAAAGGAUGAUUAUACCAAGAUGAAGCUGCUGAUCUGGCUGCUUUCUUUUUCCUUUUUUUUUUUUUUUCUUUCCUUCGCCUCCCUGUUUUUUAAGUGCUGUGUGUACAGAUUAUUUUUUGUCAGUUUAAAUGUGCGGACUGGAUGGAGAAAGUUACAAAGACUCUUGGACUUUAAGGUGUAAAUACAUAAAUCCAUACUUGUUGGCAGUCACUUGCCUGUUCGAUCCAAUUGUGUCUAAUUGGCUGUGUCUGUGAUGAACUGCUCACUUAUGUCGGUCUUCUGCCUUAAUCCAACGGGUUUUCCACUUUACAGACCCACACCCACAAAAGGUGGUAUGAGGCUCUGGGAGGGAUGCAACUGCGAGUGUCAAGAGUGCUUUUUACGAGACUGGAGUGUGAUUAGGAGGGAGUGCACCAUAAUGUGCAUCAGCCCUGUUAGACUAAUAAAUUAAUUUUCUCUCUGAAUCCAACUAGGAUGAUUAGCCAAAUUAUACAGUCAUAUGUAUUAAUAGUUGUUGAUUCUAAAUUAAUGGGUAUGCGUAUAUGUGGUUUCUAGUUUUCAGCACCAGCAAAAAUUGAUGCUUCUGCUAGUAACCUUUUGCACAGAGAGUUUAUUGUUUGUAGAUGAGACCAGUGAUGACUACUGACCACAGUUAGCGGUUGUUCUAUCCUGGCACUGUUCCUUAUCACACUUGGGGAAACACACAAAUGCGGCCAAAGGCUUCCAAAGCUGAACUGAAUUGAAUGACAAGAUCUCGGUGCCGCUUUAUAAAGGAGUAAAGAAGCAAGUAACUGGUGGGCAAGUUGUCAUGCAGACCAAAGCACUCCCUUCCUUCAAGCCCUGCAACCUGCAAGGGGAACGGAGUACGCAGCGAGGCAAGAUUUAGCCUUUGUGAGCACUGAGUUUGUUGGGGUGCUCUAAUGGAAUGCGAAGCAGAUAGGUAGUGGGACUUGGGGUACAGUGGAUUCCUUUCUUGCAUCAGAUUAAGGAAUGUGGAAGAAACAUGAGGGAACAACUUCUUAGGGGAGCAGGGAGUUAAACUUCUGUAAAUAUACAAUCACUGUGCAGACUCUCUUGAUGAACAUUCCUGAAAAUAAUGUAUAAGCAUACAGUACUACUACUAGGAGAUGGUUGGGUUUGUUUUCUUACUGGAAUUUAUUUUGCUUGACUUAAAAACUGAAGAAAAAAAAAAAAAAAUUUCCCUGAAAUCUGCUUGGCUUUCAGCCAUGGUGUAAAACAAGAUCUUUAAUAAAAAAACCAAAACAAACCACCACAACCAUAAUUCUUCUCCACUCUCCGUUAAAUGAACAGACAGUGUCUCCAGUUAUUUGAUGUUCAGUAUUGCUUACUUUGAAAAUAAUUUUUACAACAGAUUUUUUUCAGUUGCAGUAUUUGUUAUGCUGGUUUUACAGG